CCCCCUGUCAGGGGGCUGGCUCCCCCUCAUGUCUUUGGCCUGGAGAAGAGCCAGCUCCUGAAGGAAGCCUUAGAGAAAGCUGGCCCAGUCCCCAGCAGCAGAGAUGACGUCAAGAGGCUCCUGAAGCUGCACAAGGACCGUUUCAGAAGUGACUUGCAAUGGAUCCUCUUCUGUGCCGACCUGCCCUCCCUCAUCCAGGAAGGCCCUCAGUGCGGGCUGGUGGCUCUAUGGAUGGCAGGCACGCUCCUGGCACCACCCAGUGGCAUCCCGCUGGAGAAACUUGUGCAGGUGGCCAUGGAGAGAGGCUACACGGCCCAGGGAGAGAUGUUCUCCGCACCAGCUACGACGAGGACUUCAACCACGAGCCAUGUCAGAGGAAGGGUCACAAGGCCCACUGGGCAGUGAGCGCAGGGGUUCUGCUGGGUGUGCAGGCUGUGCCAAGCCCAGGCUAUGCUGAGGACCCCGAACUGCCAGGUCUGUUCCACCCGGCGCCCAGCACUCUCCACCAGCCACCGUCCCUGCCAGAGGACGGGUCCUCGGGAGCCGUCUACCUUCUCUCCAAGCAAGGCAAGAGUUGGCAUUACCAGCUGUGGGACUACGACCAGGUCCGGGACAGCAACCUGCAGCUGACGGACUUCUCGCCCUCAAGGGCCACCGACGGCAGGGCGUACGUAGUGCCUGCGGGUGGGGUGCAGGCCGGCCUUUGUGGUCAGGCCCUGCUCCUCACACCACAGGACUUCAGCCGCUAGCCUGCUGCAGCCCUGAGCGGGGGUGACAGGGCCCCGGCCACCACUUGGCUCUUUCACCUUUUGAACAAUGCACCAUUUUCUCCCUUUGCGACGGCCCAUGGGUGUGGACUGUUCUGGGGAACCUCCAGCCAGAGAUCCUCCAUGUGGAGGCCCCCUCCCACCCCAGUCCAUCCAGUCCAAUCCCCUUCCAACACGCCCACCCCCCAGUAUUGGGCUCUUGCUGUGUGGCUGGGGUUAAAGCCAGGAGCCAGCGAGACAAGCUCCCUCUCUAGGGAGGGAACUGACCACAGCUCAGCCCGCAGGUCCCGCCUGCCCCACCUGAGUGUUGCAUCCAGCCAUUUCCCACUGGUGACCACCAUCUUCUACAGCACACUCCUCUCUGGACCCCUUUCUGCCCCCAUGUCUGUUUCCAUGGAGCCUAGGGAGCCUUGCCUUUCAAAAUGCAAACCAGAUCUUAACCACUCAUCUCCAGAGAAGCUUCCAGCAGGUCCUUGUCCACAGGACAGGGAUUAAACUCUCCCAGCUCCAGCUCACCGGGAUUUCUGCCACGAGCCAUACUGGCCCUUCAAGUCCCUAAAGUGUCAUAUUCCCCUGUACCCAAUCCUCUGCUAAGGAUAACUCCUUCUUUGUUUGGCUCAUCUUCCUCAGGGAAGACUCCCCAGCCCCAGGCACAGCUGCUUCCCAACCUCUCUGUGUUCUGAUUUAGAAACCCACAGUAAGUGCCUCUGAAAGCAGGUCUAUGUGCCAACCCCGUUUGCCUGUUUUAUUUUUUUUUAAUUUUUUAUUUAUUUAUGAUAGUCACACAGAGAGAGAGAGAGGCAGAGACACAGGCAGAGGGAGAAGCAGGCUCCAUGCACCGGGAGCCUGACGUGGGAUUCGAUCCCGGGUCUCCAGGAUCGUGCCCCGGGCCAAAGGCAGGCGCUAAACCGCUGCGCCACCCAGGGAUCCCCCGUUUGCCUGUUUUAACUCCUCAGAUUCUCCAGCCAGGUAAUAAGGAAGGUACUAGACCUUCCAUUUUAGAGAUGGAGAGACCAAGGCCUGGAGAAGUGCACUCACUGGCCUAAGGUCACAGAGCUGGCCAGUGGCAGGCCAGGACUCAAACCCAGCAGUUAGUACCUAUGCAGACAUGGAGGAAGAGGUUAUUAACUGAAUAAAUACCUGUCACUUCCACUGUGAAAGGGGAAGAAAAGGUCUGUCUUGGUCACUUGUGUACCCAGUGCCCAGCGAAGGGUCUGAUUUGGAGAUGCUGUACCGUGUGGUGUUUCUCCCCUAAAGAGGAGUGUGUGUGCACGCGCAUGCACACACACACACACACACACACACACACCCCAGUCACCUGUGCGCCAAAGCAUCCCAGCCCUGGCACCUGGUUGGCAGUGUCUAGUGCACCAUCCUAGGAGCCUCUGAGGGCACAGCGUGGAACUACCUUGGUCAGUAAUAUGUUCCCCAUGUUGUCCAACAGAGCCAGGCACAAGAGCAGCAGCUCGGUGAAUGCUGAAUGGAUGAACCAGCCUGCUCUGUUUCUGCAUCUAUAUCCCAAACUAGUCAUUAUCACGUGACCCCACCCAGCACUAGUGGCGAGUUUUGAAAAAAGUCCACAAAGUUGA